UGGGUCCCUGAUUCAGUUUUUAUUAAUUAAUUAAUUUUUUUUAAUCAAAAGGUAAAAACUGUAAGUAUGAGUGCAGUAUAUGUGCUGCAUGUCUAAAGGAUAUAAACUGCAGGUUUCUUCCAUGGACUGGGAAUGGGGAUUAGGCUCAAAACCAUCCUCAUUAGCAUAUAAAUUACAUCACCAGCUAAUGAGAGCAAAUUCAUUUUCAUCAGUUUAUAUGCAAAUAUCCAGAAUCAACAACCAUUCCAGUCGCCAACAGCUUUUCAGAAGGAAAGGCAUCAGUACAGUAGACCACACAGCUGUUGCCCAUUUUAAUGUCAUGAUUAGGCUUGUUCAGUAAUUAGACUCUCUUUACAUUAGACUCUCUGUUACUGAAGAACAUUAAAUUAGUUAAACUGAUCAAGAAUCCCAAAGGACAAACCGCUUGAUGUCCAGUGUAAAAUCUGUGUCCUGAAGUAACACUAGUUGAGAUCAACUGCAAUAAAUAAUUAAAGGUGUCUCCUGAAUUCCAGGUAAUUAAUGUGUGCGAGUACAGACGGCCUGUGCUUUGAGUGAACCGCUGAUCUCGCCCUUGCAGUGCAGAUAUCAGUUGCACAAUGCAAACGAGGUGAGUCCUUAGGGCACAGUGUGCAUGAGCGAGCCCACCGAAUGCCUGUUCACCUCAGGAAGGUAAGGAGGAGGUGAGUAGGGAGGGGAGGAAACAAAGCAGGGUGUGACCGCAAAGUAUUUCAAACAAAGAUUGUUCCCGUGGGCCUCCAGCGCAGCCGUGCUGUCAUGUUAUGCACUUUCCCACCGUCAGCAUAACCAUUUACCUGAGCGCUGCGCUCAACUGCUGACAGGAAGCAGAGAUCAGGUGGCGUCUCAGGUGUGUGUAGGUACAUAAGUUUGUGGUUUUGCCCCAGAUCACGUCAUGAUUGGGACGAUUAGUGAGUGGCUGUGGUGGGACCGGCUGUGGCUGCCGGGGAACCUCACGUGGGCCGAUCUCAAAGACGAGGAAGGGCUCGUCUACGCCAGAGCAUCCCACCUCUACGUCACUGUGCCAUAUGCUUUAGGCUUCCUUGUAGUCAGAUACGUGUUUGAAAGGUUGAUAGCGACACCGCUCGCAGCCUCUCUUGGCGUAACAGAGAAAACCAGAUACAAAGUGGAGCACAAUGCUGUUCUUGAACAUUAUUUCAUUACAAAAUCAAAACAUCCAGGACAGGCAGAUAUUGAUGGCUUGUGCAAAAAAUGCAGCUGGUCCAGUAGACAAGUGGAGCGCUGGUUCAGAAGGAGACGAAACCAGGACCGUCCUGGGAUUCUGAAAAAAUUCAGAGAGGCCAGCUGGCGAAUGGUGUUUUAUCUGGCGGCGUUCAUUGGUGGAAUCAUAGCCCUGUAUGAUAAACCCUGGUUUUAUAAUUUGCGGGAGGUGUGGGAUGGCUAUCCCAGACAGUCUGUGCUGGAGUCUCAGUACUGGUAUUAUAUUUUGGAGAUGAGCUUCUAUUUGUCGCUAGUGCUCAGAAUAACCCUUGAUGUCAAACGAAAGGACUUUAAAGAGCAGAUCAUCCAUCAUUGGGCCACACUGACGCUCUUGGCCUUCUCCUGGUGUGGGAACUACAUCCGGGUCGGGACCCUAGUCAUGCUCAUUCAUGAUUCCUCUGACAUUCUUUUAGAGUCCGCUAAGAUCUUCAACUACGCCAAAUGGGAAAGCACAUGCAACGGCAUCUUUGUGGUAUUUGCUGCUGUAUUCAUAGUCACACGACUCAUAAUCUUUCCAUUUUGGAUCAUUCACUGCACGUGGGUUUAUCCUCCCGACUAUUACCCACCAUUCUUUGGAUAUUACUUUUUUAACUUCAUGCUUGUCAUCCUGUUAAUGCUGCACAUAUUCUGGGCGUAUCUGAUUCUACGCAUGGUGAAGAUGUUUCUUUUUGGAAGUUUAACCAAAGACGAGAGAAGCGACAAUGAAGAAGACGAGGAAGAAGACGGGGAAACCAGUGUGACUGAGGACAAUGACGGACAUGUGAAAGUGACCAAUGGCUGUGGAGCAGGAGGCGGGGCUAAUCAUCACUGACACCUCUUCUCUCAAACUGUGAAGGACUUUGAAUUGCCCUUAGGGAUGUGAGGAACCAAAAACACACAUUUGAUUUAUUGUCAGGCAGAGAAUUUGCCAGAAACCUGUCAAAACAAAUUGCAUCUUUUUAUAAUGCUGAAAAAAACCCCUCUUUUUUUCACUCAGCUUCACUGGAGACGACUUGCUGUGUGUCUUGGCUGCUUUUCCCCCUUUCAACUAAAACUUUUUUCAUUGUGGCACAAGAUCACAUGGGUAAUUAUAAAAGAACACAGUGCAAAGAAAAAGAAACUCCUCUAAAGUUUUAAUAGACUCCUCAUUGUUUUUGAAGCUCAAAGAUCAUGUCACACUGGCUGCUCUCGCCGUCUGGCAUCCCCCAUCAAGGCUUCAUCUGCUGUGCUGUUAAGUUUUACAUCAACCUCUGCUGUCCAGCUCAGCCUCUAGUGAGAACUAAUAAGAUGAGAUUUCAAGUUUAUGUUUCCUGCAAGUGAUUCUGAAGCAGAACAUCUACUUUUGUAUUACUUUAACCUUUUGCAGGCAUUGUUUUAUUUUAUUUUUACACCAUCUCUACAAUGAAUACGUCCAACUUUGUUUCUUGAAAGAGUUUUUUUUUUUUUUGUCAAUGCAGGCCAUUUUCUGAAAGUUUUGAUGGCUGGAGGUCUCUGUACUGCUGGUUUCUAGUAUGCAUUUCUAUGCACACUUGGCAUCUGCACUCAAAGAAUGUUUUUCAAAAUCACCAGCUGUCAUUGAAAAUGAAGGACUUCCAGUCAAUAGUCAGUAUCUAUCUAUCUAUCUAUCUAUCUAUCUAUCUAUCUAUCUAUCUAUCUAUCUAUCUAUCUAUCUAUCUAUCUAUCUAUCUAUCUAUCUAUGGUGCACAACCACUGAUCUAUAAUAUAGUUCUAUAUAGAUCAGUGUGAACAACCCUUUUUCAGCGGUUGCUCCAUUAUGACAGAAGUUGAAAUAGAAUGGUUUUGAUACAUUGCUCGUAUCCAGUGUAGACACGGUUUUAUAGGAUAUUACAGUAUGGAUGUGACUCAAAACUACCUAAGUAUAUCUCAAGAAUGAUGUUAAAUUUGAGAUUUUUUUAAUGUGUCUUGUUGACAUUUUAUGAAGUUAAAUUAGCUGGUUGAAUAUUCAAAUCUGUGAGCGACUGAUUUGGUGAGUGUUUUAGGCUAUUUAAUUAGUAUGAAAUGAAAUGUGUAUGAGAGAAUGAUGAAUGAAUUAAUGAAUGAAAGUCAGGCUUUUGCAAAUAAAAUUAUGACGAGUCAUUUUUUUUAUUUUUUUUUGCUUGUCUGGGGUUAUGCACAGACCCAGAGAUAAGCAGAGAUGGGUUUUUAAAUAUGUAACUCUAUUUUUAUUGUAAUAAAAGAUUUUGAUCCAUAUCUCAGUAUGCCAGUUUUAUAAUGCUCUUCAGAUCUUUAGUUAAUGUUCAUCUAAAUAGCUAGGAAUGUCAUUUUUCUUUCUGUUUUACAUGUUUCUACAGACCCCUAGGUUGAAAACCCAGAAAUUGCUCAAAUAAAUAUUAUCGACA